GAAGCUUAGUUUCAGUCGUCAAGCAGCCGCGGCGACGGACACGGACACACGGAUCAAUCAGAGGCCAAGCUGUGAGUACGCGUUCGAGUCCUGUGGAGAGCUCUCUGUCACUCUGCCACCACGUCACGCUCUCCUCUGUGGCGCGCGCGUUCUCCUUCACAUUCGUUUCCAGUGCCCGAUGCCCCUAGAUCCUAGAGAAAUCCUCCAGGAGGCGACGCUGCAAUUGAACCAAAAAUAAAAUUCAAGAGAAGGCUUCGAGAAAAUGCCCAAAGUUCUCGGCCGAGAACGAGCAGUCAAGUGUCCGCGAGUGUAGAUCCGUCAGUGUGCUGUUAGGGGGGUUCUGGGGUUGUUUUGUGGGUGCAGCCCCGAGUGCUUAAUUAUUUGGGUCAAAGCAGGCAUCAGAAAACAGCAAGAACGUGCAAAAGCUGCAUCUGAAAACAGCGAACCAAAACUUGCGAGCAUUCAGCCCAUUAUCCACCUGUUAUGGAGCUUGCCUAGGCCAUCUCCAGAGAGCGACAGUGACAGCGACAGCGAGAGCGAUAGGACGCAAUGGAGGCCAGCCAGCCAGCCAAGGUGCAUCGGCAGCACCAGCGACAGCGACGGACGGAGGCACGUCAGCGUCGCCUGGAGCGUGAGGCAGCUGCCACAACCUCAUCAACGCCGGAGAGAGAUGGUGGUCAGGAGGUGAUAAGCACCAUAGAAGACUGUGCGGCUGCUCUGAACGAUUCCAGCUCAAUGGGAGUAGCGGGUGAAGGAAGCACAACAGGAGCGGGGGGAACUACUAGCGCCGGUCGCAUCAGUGCCCAGAGCUCGGCGGACAGCAUUGAGAUGGUUGGCUCCCCCAGUCAGACCUCACAGCAGACUGUGGUGCUGGUGAAUGGUCACGCACCGCCCUCGUCGCAUGACGCCGCCCAAGAGGAAAGCGCCUCCUUGGGGGCUGUCGAGCAUCUGGAUUCUCAGGUGACGCCAACGCCCCUGCCGUCGCAGCCUACGAAGCAAAGCGAUGGCAGUCGCAACUCAUCCGGAGACGCCAUGAGCCUGAGGGAGACACUGCAGCAGCUGCCGGCCACCCAUGGCCACCACAGGUCUCGACGAACCCACUCGCCACAGCCACUGGCCCUGGAGCCAGACUCCUCGUUCCAUCGAGGCAUCUUGGGCUACAUGGAUCGUGAGCUGAAGCAGAGUUCGCCCACGCCGUCGGCCUUGAGCAGUGCGGGAGUAGCGGCAGUCGGAAAUGGUGCCGGAGGACCUGGAACAUCGCGCAAGCAGCAGUCACUGUCUGAUCCGCAAGCCAGUCCCGCGCAGCGAUCCCUGCGCUCCCGAAACAGCUUCGACAAGAGUCCGCGUCGCAAACGCAGCAAGUCGGAGUCGCGGAGGAGGAGGGAGCGCAAGCUAAUAGCCGCCGGCGAGGUGGAGGUGGUCCGCCAGGCUAACGAAACCCUGAUGCGCUACCUGAAACAAUGCUCCGACAUGCACGAUGCCUCGCUGUCCGGCGAGCUGGAAAUCGAUCAGAGCUACGAGGAGCGACGCGUGCACCGCAAGACGAAGUCGCAGCGGGACAAGCGGGGACAGCUAAUCAGCAAGCUGUACACGGCGGGGGGGAUAUCAUCCAUACUGAAGGAGCUGGCCGAUGACAUUGCCCCGGCCGAGGGUGAGGAGAUCUACAACCCAUUCACACCGGUCGUCUCACCCACGGACGAUGCGCCCGCGCACAUCGACAAAAUGUUUCUGCAGACGUCAUCCGGCUAUCGACCAGUGGAGCACAGCUACUACAAGCGCUCCUUCCUGGGGGCUGCCGUACGUGGCUCUGAUGGCACGUCUGGCGGGGGUCCUGUGGGCGGCAUAAAUGGCAUCUCGGCUGCCGAGCUGGGUGGCGCCGGUCGUCGUCUCUAUCGCUCGAAUAAUGGCCACUGCCUUGGCGGAAGUGCUGGUCCUGGCGGCGGUUCAACCAGCGGACGUGGCAGCUAUGGUGACACUCGCUGCCUGCUCGAUGCCGACCUCAAUCGCAACGGCAUCUCCAGCAGUAUCCAACUUGCCUGUGUAGUUCAACGAAUCUGGCUGCUCAUGUCGAAUAUAUGCCACGGCCUGCUAGCUGGUCUAGCAUUGGCCCAUCUACUAUUUGUGCUGAACAGCCACCCCAUGGAUUGGGCAAAGGUCAUCAAUGGCAUUAGUCUUGCUGGCGAGACAAUGUCAUCCCCAUCAACAUCAUCCACACCGCCAGCAAUGGACUUGUCCACAACAAGAGCAAGCCCCACAAAUUUGGGCCUAAAUGCUGGUGGCACAGAUCCCAGCGGAUCAGCAUCCUCGGGGUCAGGAACAUCGGUGGCAAGCAACAGCGAUGCUUUAGCCCUGAUCAGCGACUAUGCGGGAUUUGCGGAGAUCUACUUGAAUACCUUCUAUUGCUUGGCCAUUGUGUGCCUGGUUUCGGUAUUCGAUCGCAUGGACAUUUGUCGCUGGAGCUUCUCGAACGCUAGUGAACUGAUCUCAUUCCGUUGGCUCAUCAUCACAAUGAUCUACGUUGCGACAAUAAUUCUAACGAUCUGCUCCGAUUCGAUCGAUGAAAAGCUUUACCUGUUCAAUAAUAAUGCUAAUAUAACAUUAACCCAACAGGAGUUGCUGAGCAACAGUGUGCGGGGAGUGUGGAGCAGUCUGUCGGUGACGCGGAGCAUUGCCGCCAUAUCGGGCUGGAUAAUGAUUGGUCUGACGCCACAGGAGGACAUGCUGUAUGAACAUCUGGUUGAUCUUACCAAGUAUCAAUUGACAAAUAAUUGAAUAUAAGGCGUAAGCAUAUUAUACAAAUUUGUAAAUAUUCUCGUACUCGUACUUGUAGUUGAACAUUUAGCAGCUGUUGUUCAGGUUUUUGCUUUUUAUAUGACAUAAUCCGAGCGUAUAUAAAUCUUUGAUGUAUACCCAACAUAUUAAGCUUUAAAAUCGUAUAUUGAAGAUUCACAUGGAUGUCCUUCACAGGCCGCUAUAACAAAAUACAAAAUACAAACCAAUUAACAAACACACAAACACGUAAACUUUACGUCGUAAAGUGACAAAAAUCUAGUUAACUAUGGAAAUGUAGCAUAUGUAGAUAAUGAUACAAUAUGUUUGCAAGUAGGAGGCAAAUUACGAAAUAUAUACAUACAUAUAUUUAUCAUACGAGUAUAGAUGUAUCCUUUACUUAUGCAUACAUGCAUUAUACAAUAUGUUCCAUAAAUAGAUAUACAGAUACUUAUACACACUAUACAGAUAUGUAUAUACAUAUACUGGUAUAUACAUAUGUAUAUACAAUUAUUUUUCGUACACAUAUCGUCUAAAGAAAGUUUUGCAGAAAUUGUACAAGAAAUGCUUUCCAAACCGAAGCUACAGUAGAUAAUUCUAUAUCAAACGAUACAAAAAAACUUUUGUAAAUAUUGUUAAUCGCAUGUAUUGCCGAUAUACAUAUAUGAAAACACAUACAUAUAUUAAUAUAAACAUUAGGAAAUUAUUUACGAAUUGUUAGAGAAGAGAAUGUGGAAUUAUCAAUUUAUUAUAUUUCAUUAGCUACAACAUUAUUUCUUUUUCGGAUUUGAGGAAACUGGCAAUUAUUUAUUUCUUAAAAUCAUGUUUCAGUUGAACCGAUCUGUACAUAAGCUGAGUGCAAUAAUAUAACGAAUAUAACUGAAUUUAAUUACAAUUAGCUUACAUAAGUACAUAUGUACAAAGAUAAUUUGAAUUAAACCGGGAAAGGAUUUACCGAGCUAACGAAUCAAUCGAUCGAUGAAAAACGACGCCAUGGACAUCACAUUGUAAACUUGUAUAUAAAAAAUAUGAAUGCAAAUAAAAAAACAAACACAAA